GAGGCGACUGUACAGCUGUGGUUUCUGUAAACCCAUCUCAAAUCAAGCCAGAACGUAUCGAAAUGAAUUAGUUGGACUGCCCCUCCCUAGCACCUCUGCCAGGUGAUAAAGUUACACCACCCCCUCUCUCUGAUUCUCAUUCUCUCUUGCUCCCUCCCUCCCUCCUUUCCACUGCCCUCCCCACCGCGUCUAGCUCUGUAAACUUCCACCCCUUCUAUUUCCACACGGUGGUUUUCCAGAUUUUUCUUCUUCAGGCUGUUGGGCGUGAAGAGGGUUACUUUAUGGCCGGGAAGAAUCAGUAGGGAACAUGACGUGUCCAGUUUACCUCUGAUAAGGUACCAUAUACUAGGUGGCAAAUGGAGAUUCUGUCAUAAAGGAGGGUAGGAUGGGUCAUGACAGAGUCGAUGAUGUCAAGUUGAAACUCUAAAUUUAAGAAUGUUGGAAGGAAAAAGUUAUAAAUCAUGGACUACCUUUUUGAUUGACCGGCCAUCGCCAUUGUGUAACGGCUCUCCCCCAUUUAUCCCCACAAAUAGACUUGUUAAUAAUGGUAAUAAUUAAACCUAUUUAAAAAUUAACACAGUUGUAGAUUAGACAAAACAUGUCAAACCUAACAGCGCUCAAUCUCUCGUCAUUAAUAGUGUCCGACCCCUGAGUUUUAUUUUUCUCUUGGGAAGUAAAGAGGAGACCUGAAAACUCAUCUGCUUUGGGUCGUGUCCGGCGGGUCCGUUCCCGAGAUGCGGCUCCGUGCGUCCUUCGGGAUCGAGAGAUGAGACUCCGGAUAGUGAGGUUGUCAGCAAGCAAAACAUGAUCGAGCAUUUUGAAGUAUGAUUGAAGUCCUGAUGCUGCAGCAGAGGCUCGGAAUAUUCAUGGCCAGAUCUAGAGAUCACAUGGUCUUCUAAAGAAGUCAUGGGUAGCUGUUGUAGCUGUCCAGAUAAAGAAACUGUCCCAGAUAACCAUCGAAACAAGUUUAAAGUCAUUAACGUGGAUGACGAUGGUAACGAGUUGGGUUCUGGCGUAAUGGAGCUGACAGACACAGAACUGAUUUUGUACACCCGCAAACGGGAUUCGGUAAAAUGGCACUACCUCUGUCUGCGUCGUUAUGGCUACGAUUCCAACCUCUUCUCUUUUGAAAGCGGUAGAAGAUGUCAAACUGGACAAGGAAUAUUUGCCUUCAAGUGCGCCCGCGCAGAAGAACUGUUUAACAUGCUGCAAGAAAUCAUGCAGAACAAUAGCAUAAAUGUGGUCGAAGAGCCAGUAGUAGAAAGGAAUCAUCAUCAGACCGAGUUGGAAGUCCCCCGAACGCCUCGAACCCCGUCUACUCCCGGGUUCGGCGCCCCAAAUGUACCCAACGGGUAUCCCCGCUAUCCCUCCUUCGGAGACGCGUCGUCCCACCCUUCCAGUAGACACCCGUCGGUGGGCAGUGCUCGGCUCCCGUCCGUAGGCGAAGAGUCCACGCAUCCGUUGCUGGUGGCAGAGGAGCAAGUCCACACCUACGUCAACACCACGGGGGUCCAAGAAGAGCGCAAGGCCCGAGCGGGCCCGCAUGCCCCCGCCGAGCUCCCCGGCGCCGAGAGCGGCGGGGCCGGGGGAGAGCCCGGCGGCCCCGAGGAGCGGGACCCCCAGGUCGUCCUCGAGCCCGAGGGGGUCAAGUUCGUGUUAGGGCCGACCCCCGUGCAGAGACAGCUGAUGGAGAGGGAGAAACUGGAGAAGCUCGGGUCAGAGGCGGCCGGGAGCCGCGGCCCGCCGCCCGGCGACCGGGAUGCGGGCCACGACGGCGCCGAGCGCCGAGAGGGGCCCGCCGCCCCCAAACUGGCGUACGAGAACAUCAACGGGCUCUCCCUCCCGGCCGGCCGCCGGGGCCGGCUCCCGCCCCCGCCCGCCGCCGGCCCCUCGGACGCCCAGAACGCCAACAACUCGGCCCAGCGGAGGACCGCGCUGUUGAACUACGAGAACCUGCCGUCCCUGCCCCCGGUCUGGGAGGCGGCCCGCAAGCCGGGCCGGGACGGGGCCGAGCCCCCGGGGCCGAAGACCCCGGCGGUCAACGGCUACCACCCGGCGCUGGACCCCGCGCACAACUACGUCAACACGGAGAACGUGGCCGUGCCGGCCAGCGCCCACAAGCCGGAGCCUCCCCGGCGCCGGGAAUGCGCCCCCUCCGUCUUCAACUUCGACCUCAGGCGGCCCAGUUUAGAACACAGGCAGCUGAACUACAUCCAGGUGGACCUGGAGGGCGGCAGCGACUCGGACAACCCCCAGACCCCCAAAACCCCCACCACCCCGCUCCCCCAGACCCCGACCAGGCGCACGGAGCUGUACGCCGUGAUAGACAUCGAACGGACCGCUGCUAUGUCCAGCUUGCAGAAAGCACUGCCCCGCGACGACGGCACUUCUAGGAAAACGAGACAUAACAGUACCGACCUGCCCAUGUGAGGCCGGGGGGAGGGGGCCGCCACCCGCCGUUUGCACCUUUGUGAAGUUGGGUUUUUUUGGGUUUUUUUUUUUAAAUGAAGAUGCGAGCGCUCCGUUUUCGUUUCUAAACACUAAUCCCUUUUCUAGACUGAGGCACGGUUUCUCCCGACUCCUCCGCGGGCUCGUUUCUGACGAGAGGGAGCCGAUGUCAGGUCCUCGCGUCUGAGCGGCUCUCGUCCCCUCCUCCGGUAGCCGUUGCGGGGGCUCGCCUCCGGCCCAGCGCCCGUCGAAGCGAGCGACGGGCCGGCUCGAGGAUGGGCACCCCGGACCCUGGUUGACGUCCGGUCGCGGUCGGCAUCCGCGAGCGGCGUCGGAAAGCCUCGCGAUCGGCGCGCCGCUCCCCGCGGGAAUCUAGCCUCCGACGGGAGCUAGCCGUCGACUCCCCCUCCAGAUGGCGCGUCGUGCGGUUUCCUUAGCUAGAGGCCUUCGGACGUGAGCCGCGACGCGUCGGACGGGUAAGGGAUAGUCAGCACGCCGGCUCCUUUCCCCUCGGCUGCCCGUCGGAGAGGGCGCCGCGUCCGCGAAGGUGCGGUCGGCCGUUGGUCUGCGUCGUGAAGGCGCGUCGGGGAGGGGCUUUGGGUGGGAGGGACGGCUCUUCCUCCCCUCCCCGGCCUCCUCGUUUCCCAGGAAAGGGACGCGCCAAGGUUCACUGGGCGCGAACCGUGGUAGGAUCUAAAAUCAACCUCAGGUCAAUCCCGCCAGAAACGGAUUUGCGUCGCUGUGCCGCGCCUCCUCCCCCCGAGGUACCCGAACGGGUAGCUCCGGCAGCGCUCGCCGGAAGGCGUAUGAGGUUUCCACGUACCUUAACUGGGCGUCGGGAUGUCGGUCUCGUUUUGUCCCCUAACGUCUUUACGUUUCGAUCGGUUGAGUUUGUAUAUAGUCCGACGUCUGAUCGUGCGUCCAUCCUUAUAUAUAUAGUCUACGUUCUUGUCAGAUUCUUUUUUCUGUCCUUUUUUUUUUUCUUUUUUUCCUUCGGAAGGUUCGUUUGUAACUCGCUGUUAGAUUUAACAGGGUCGUCCUUUUCCAGUAUUUAUUGAUACGCUGUUUACUUUCCACGUCUGCGUAGGCACCCUCUUAAGUUGGAAAUCUCACCCACGGGUCCGUGGGCGGCGAUCUCUCGGGUCGUCGGGGGGAGAGGCGGUGGUAAAACAGGGAGCCCCACGAUGUAAUCCGUGUCUGUGGACGCGCGUUUCCUCCCCCCACUCCUCCCCGAACCUCCACCCCCCAGCACUUUAGCAGUGGUUCGCUGAGCCAAGCGACUUAGCUUGACUGCAGUUGCACUGUUAGCCCAUAUUCUCGGAGUGUUCAUCAGCUCUGCUGUGGAAACGUCUAGGCGUCCCUCGAUCUCCCCCCGAGUGUCACUGCUAGAACAUUGCCAGCGCAACAGGUGCGACGGAGGACCAGUAGCAGAGGGAUUAAGUCAUGAUUUAGGCGGCCGAGGAACCGACGCUUCUCUAAAGGGACGUGAGUUCUCGAGUCAGAUCGGUCGGCAAAAUCAAAAUCGCCCGGUCCGGUUGUCCGUGAGGGCAAAAAGGAGGGUCAGAAGAGGGAUCGAGUCACCUUGCCAAAACUUCUGACGGAUUUUUGUUUGUUUUUCCCCACCUUCUGGAUCCCACGUGUCGCGGCUGUUUCCUAGCCUUUUUUUCCCGGUCCCGGGGGAGGUUCUCUCAUCAGAGUUCCAGGCUGACAGGCGGGGGUCGGCCUGGGAGUCAGGCUCACCUGCGUCGGUCCCCUUCCCCCCCGUGAAGGAUCCAUCACUCCACUAGAGCGGGACCACUGUAGGGAGGAAAAGGCGCCCAAGUCGGGUUCACUACUUCGAAACCACGAUUCCGUAAAUGUGCCUCCCAGGAUUUUCCUCUGGGAACUCGGUGCUUACUCAAGUGCUCACUUAGAGGCAGAGUGUGCCCGGUAGUUGGGAACGGGGAGGACGGUGGGAAUGCAGCCUCCCCGCUCCCCGUUCCGUCUGCCCCACGUCUCGCCGUUCCGGACUUUGGUUAUUUAACGGGGAGGGCGCCCACCGGACCAGCUGCGGGCGGCGGGAUUUACAGCGCGGUCCGGGAAAGAGGACGAAGAGAACGGGCGUCCCUUAACCCCGAGAAAUGAGACCGAGACAGGAUCGCUCAUCUUUCUACUAAAGGGCUAAUGCACUAACCUUACUCCUUCCGAUGUGGGGGGGGAAAAUAAAAAUCCUCUUGUCGACACUCGCCCCCAUCACUCUUGUCCGGAUCACCCCCAAACUCAGCGAGGCUUCUGUGAGACGAGAGGGGCAGAUUAGAGCUUGGCCAAAGGUGCCGUAAGAAGAGAGGAGGAGGAGACGGAGGAGCCAUGACAGUCGCACCCGGGUGUUUUGGGUUGAUGAGGAGAAAUUUGCGUACAACCAAAGUCACGUCGGGUUGACUGAGGGAGUUACAACUCUGGACCUCUAUUCCGACAAAAUUCAGAGUACUCCCCUCUGUCCCCCUCCAGAAUCCGGCAGCGCGUAUUAAGCCGCCCCUCGGGAGAGUCGCCUCCGUCGAAUCGACCGUUGGUCUUUGCACGAGAGGGGUUUGACGCGCACCCGCAGCAACGCCAUCCCACUCUUCCUUUCGCUCGCCCACUCCCCAGAGAUACAUUUUCUCCCUGACCAAGCUUGGAAUGGGAUGAGGGUAUCUUCUGCCUGCUUUUUCCUCGGACUGUGGGGUUUUUUUUGUUGUCGUUUCUCCUUCCCUUCUUUCAACUCUCCCGUCCUUGCAAAAAACUGCAAUCUGGUGCCUUCCCUCCCACCAGGAAGAUAAGGCAAGUGAUUCUUUCAUUUUACUGCUGCUGUGGAGUGACAAGAUAUGCACUUUACUCUUGAUGACUAAGCAAAUAGCUUUUUCUCUCCUCAGCCCGUCUAGCUUGUUGUCCCCAGUCGGCUCUGCAGACGCCAGGCUUGGGUUCUAGGAAGAUCCGCCGGUAGGCUUCGGGUUUCCGGCGGCUGUCGAUGCAGAUCCCGCGGUUGAAUAGUACGCGUAUGUACGGGAUGACACGAUGCUGUAAUCUUUUCUCAGAAAAUGCGGUACAGCAUGUAAAGUACCUCAAGACACGUUCUCCGACAUCAAAAAAAAUGGGAAAGGGGCCUUAUAUUUUUCACUGUUUCCCAGCCAUCCGCCACUGUGUUUUUUGCCUCCGGGCGAAGUUUCUCUCCAGCUGUAGAUUGCUCCCCCGAUGCUAUCUAGUCCACGAGGAGCCGGCGAUCUGUGCGGCCGAUGCCCCGUGUGUUUGCGGGUCGAUGUGUAUACGUAGAUAUUUACACUUGCGCGCGCACACACACACACACACAGCAUGCCUCCUUCCGAGAACUCCUAGGUAAAUCACUGCUUCUUUGCAGUUUCGUUUGAGAAGUCCGAUGCGUGAGGUAUAUGGUACUAACUUUCUCUUCUUUCCCUGAAAUUUGCCAAAUUCUGAGCACGGGCAUUCUCCGCACUAGAAAGAGACUGGUGUAGAAUGACUGAAUGUAUAGAAAAUGCUUCCGGUGUGAGUUGAGUAAAAAUCGGUGUGGAAUGCCCUGAGACAAUAUGCCUAAAUAUCUCUAUCCUCCGUCCCCCUAAACCAUCUCUCCUUUCCCUGUCGCGCCCCCCUCCGCCCCCUCCAACCUCCCCCUUUCUUUUCCCCUCCCUCCGUCACUUUGAUCCGUUUCAGCAUCGCUAGGUCUACUUUAAACCGUUCGUCUGCAUCUCAAACUACACUCUAGAUUUGCAAUUCUGGUACAACUGAACACUUUUAAAAUUCGAAGCUGCCUGGUGAAUAGUACAGUAGCCACCAACGUGCCACAGUUGCAUUCUUCAAUGCAAAGUAGUCAUUUUUUUAUAAAGGCCAAAAUCACGUUACGUUUUAUUUUCAUUUUAUUGUAUGAUAUUGUAAGAUUAUUGUAUGUCCUAAUUUGCAUUAUAAAAUGUUUAAGUUUUUUCCUACUUAAAGGCAUAAAUAUAGCAACUUUGUAUAAAGGUAGCUUACUAGAUUUUUAAUUUUUUUCUUUUAUAAAAAGUUGUCUAACAGUGGGACUACCAUUGCCAAAUUGUACAUGAAAUAUGAAUUUUGCCCCCUUUGGUUACGAUUUCUUUUUAUAAACAUUCCACGUUUCUCUAUAAAAGACUAAAGUGAUACUGUACUAUGCAGAAAUUGUGUAUUUUUGAUGCGGUUUCCUACCGGCAUUUUGCAUUUUGGUUUGCGUUUUUAGUAUUGAUAUAGCUUUCCAGAUGUUAAUUAAAAUAAAACCUUGUAUUAUGUGAUAUUGACAACAUUGUUUGCCUCCUGUCUUCCCCCAGCCCCCUGGUUCCCCCUUCUCCCCGCCCUCCGUUCCCUCCCCGUCAGUGCCAACUUCAUAAUUUUUGUAGCAUGGCAAUAAAAUAUUGAUUUUA